AUGUUGCGCAUUGCCUUCGCCAAUCGCUACACGGUUCGACACGCCAUUGAGGAGGGUAGUGAGAGCACGUGGUACUCUGUAGAGCGUAAAAAUGACGGACUACCAUUCUCCUGCCGCGAGUAUUCAGUUAGGCACCUUGACAGCGGCUACAACGGAUUUGACCACGCCUCUAUCAAGGAGCUUCUUUCUAUUGUUCAUCCAUAUAUGCUGCGUGUCAUGGAGAUCAUCUAUGACCAGGAAGUGCAGAAGGUUUACGUCGUUACGGAGCUUAACUCCCAUAACAAUCUGCGCUACAUGAUUGAUGCGUAUUGGAAGUCCCGCGAGCAAAUAGGCGAAGGAACCAUCAUCCGGAUCAUUGGGGAGCUCGCAGAGGCCCUGAAGUACUACCACACUGGAGUGCGCCCGGGGAUGCUCCCCUCGACUCCAAAUCACUACCGCACUCUUACACCGGCUAGUGUUUUAGUGACCAAGGAUGGCGUUUAUAAGAUUGACACUAGUAGGAUUGAACACAUUUUGGAUCCUGGGUAUAUGGCGAAGGCGUCAGCAAAGUCCGUGUAUACGGCUCCAGAGGUAUUUGAGGGCGCCAACCCAUCGGAGAGAUCUGAUAUCUGGUCGCUUGGCUGCAUCACGUACGAAUUAGCAACCCUUCAGGCUUUUGUCAAAAACCCUACAGCGGAGGAUGCGCGGACUCAAGUACAGGCAGUGCUUCCCAAUCUGCGAUUGCCAGGAUAUAGCCGCGAGUUUGCUGAUCUCAUUAGAAGAAUGCUCUGUAUUGAUCCACGCUCCAGGGCGUCUGUUACUUAUAUCUGCGGACUAGAACCUGUGGUCAACAUUAUGACUGAAUUUGGAUACAAACAAAUGGCACCUGAGAAUCGUGACAGGUACCAGGAGGACUCGGGGUCAUUUGCGCAGAAGUGGCGUGAAUCUUUCCGAGCUAGUCAAGUGGGCCCCACAGAGAGGAAGUUUAAGAAUGCUGCAGAGGAUACUGGGACUGGGAUGAAUGCAAGCCAGAUGAGUAUGCGCAUUCAGCAAAACUUAGAUGCCAACUCCGCUGACAACCGCGAGCGGGCUGCUUACAUGACCGAUAAUGUUGGCAUGUAUAGUCUCAGCGUUGACGAUCUUAUAAGUUCACACAGCAAUGUCCCGGGCGUGCGAAAUGAACCCGUCACUAGAAGCAGUCUCACACCCGGGGCUGCGGUUGCCACCACGUUAUAUGCUGCACCUACAUAUAGUCGUGAGGCAACCCGGAUCAUAAGUAGCCGUGUGGAUAGCAUGCGUACAGGAGCAGAGCUUCCUGGAAACACGUCGAUUAAUAAUGGCCUCUCUCCAAGUUUUAGAAACCUUCUGGAAAUGAACUCCGCCUCGCAUAAUUAUGACAAUUCCAUCGAUGACACGUCCCCAAUUUACAAUCAGAACGAUGGUAGUGUGCGUGCUACGAACGACGCGCAAGGCGCAGCAGACACCGAUAUAACCGGGAUGUACCGCGACGAAUUGGCAUAUCGCCGCAGACAGUCUGGUGGUAAUACUUCAGGAAACCGAUCCAGUUUAUCGAAAGUCGUUGGAGACACCGAAGCAUAUGACGGCAAGGAUUCCAGUUUUAGAGCCAAUAACAGGGACAAUAGUCUGUUUCGCUCUGAUCAGAUAGAUUCGACAGUCGAGCAGCUCGACCAUGUUAUAGCUCAGAAGAAUGAGCAGGGCCGAUUCCCGGGGGUGCCCGUGCAGACCCGUACGGCAAAGAUGAUAAACAUAGGACAGGGUAUUCAAUCCACGUUAUAUCCAGGUCAAGCUGAGGGUAUAACAUCGUCCAAGAUACUCAAUUCUACAUACUUCCCUAAUUUUCCAGGUCAGAUAGCUCAAUUUCGUGCUGCAUAUGAUUCCAGGAUAACCCCAGAAGAUGAAAACAUGCAUAUUACCGAUCCAGAUGGUACGACACCCCUUAUGAAAGCAGUGAUUCGUGACGAUAUGCGACUCGUCCAGAAGUACUUGCCAACGCAGUGUCGUAUUGCCAACGACAGGGGCGUCACGGCCCUCAUGCUAGCCGCAUACUUUGACAAUUUCGACGCCAUACAGCUACUUUUGGACAAAGAAUCCAAGACACAAGACUCCGCUGGGAUGACUGCCCUGAUGUAUGCGGCGCACAAGGGCAACACCAACUCUGUAGUGCAGCUGUACACCCACGAAGCCAGAAUGGUCACGGGCAAGGGAGUUACAGCGCUUAUGAUUGCCGCAGAGUGCGGUUGGGUCGACAUUGUGAGGACUCUCAUGCCUCGUGAGGCUCGCUUGCGCGACGAUUUUGGAAACACGGCGCUCAUCUAUGCGUGCAAGGCAGGCCGUGCUUCUGUAGUACAGGAGCUCCUGGAGUACGAGGCAGGAUUGAAGAAUAACGAUGAGUGGACUGCGCUAAUGAUAUCCGCCAAAAUGGGUUUUGCACAGAUUACAAAUCUGCUACUGGAGCGUGAGUGCAAGUUCCAGACCAAAGCAGGACUCACUGCUCUGAUGAUUGCGGCGGCGAACAACAGGCCAGACAUAGCCAACACCCUCUUAAAGGACGAGGCAUGCAUGCGCGACCUUCAUGAGGAGACGGCAAUGAUGAAAGCUGCUGCUCUGGGGGCCUAUGAUGUUGUGAAAGUGCUUAUAGAUUCAGAGGGCGGCUCCCGCAGGCCAGACGGAAAGACUGCCCUAAUGUGUGCUGCUGACGCAGGAUACGCUGACAUCGUUGGGUCUCUUAUGAAUCGCGAGUCACGCAUGCGUAAAAACGAUGGCACAACAGCUCUCAUGUAUGCGACCGAGAGGGGACACACAGAGUGCGUGCGUCUUCUUGUCGAGACGGAAAAGUGUAUCCAGCGUCAAAAUGGGGAGACAGCUCUGAUGAUCGCCGUUUGUAGAGGCCUUGUGGACUGCGUCAAGAUCCUGGCAGAUCAUGAAAUUGGUGUUUCUCUUCCGGACGGAACAAGCGUGAUGGAUAUCGCCAGCCAGACCGGUAAUCAGGAGGUGAUCAAAUGCCUUCGAGCGUAUGUCUGA